GCAUGGCUGCCUCCUGUAAGUGGCCUCUCAUGACAUAUUCAACAUGGAAAUAGACAGUGUCAGAAAACCGAACCAGAAACUCAGUAAGACGGAAAAGAAAUUGCGACAGAAACAGGUGAAGGCCAGAAAUACCUUACUGAGGCAUGAGGGCAUUGAGUGUGUCUCGUCACCUACAAAGAGCCUGGUUAUUGCCAAUGGUGGUCUGGGUAAUGGCAUAGGUAGAUGCCAACUGCUUAGCAUGGUAGAAGAAUGUGGCUCUGUGGAAGCUCUCUUAAUGCCACCAAAUAAACCCUAUUCAUUUGUGAAAUAUGGGCUGAUUGAAGACUGCAAGCGAGCCUAUGACACUCUCAAUGGGAAGGAGAUAAUGUUAGAAGACUCCAGCCAAGGCAUCGUUCUCUAUGUCAACUUUGUGGGAAAAGUUCCUUGGGAGGUCACAACACCUACGGCCUUGCCUCCAGGGCUGAGGGUAAUUGAAGAUCUGGUUUCUCCCGAAGAAGAAAGGCGACUUUUGGAAAGCAUUGAUUGGACAGAAGAUGAGGUCAUUCCAAAUGCUCAGAAGUCUUUGAAACACAGGAGAGUAAAGCAUUUUGGAUAUGAGUUUCGGUAUGAUAACAACAAUGUGGAUAGAGACAGACCAUUGCCUGGAGGUCUCCCAGAGCUCUGUAACGUGAUUCUUGCCAAGUGCCUGAAGUUGGGAUACAUUAAGGAGAAACCUGAUCAACUAACCAUAAAUCAGUAUGAACCUGGACAAGGAAUCCCCCCUCAUAUAGAUACACAUUCUGCUUUCGAGGAUGAGAUAAUUUCUCUCAGUUUAGGAGCCGAGAUUGUGAUGGACUUCAAGCAUCCAGAUGGACAGGCAGUGGCAGUGAUGCUGCCUCAACGCAGUUUACUUUUGAUGAGUGGAGAAUCCAGAUACCUUUGGACCCAUGGCAUCACACCCAGGAAGUUUGAUAUUGUUCAAGCAUCUGGAGGAUGGAAAGUGGGAACUGUGUCUGCAAACAUUGGAGAUUUAACCUUAAACAAAAGAGGGAAAAGGACGUCUUUUACAUUCAGAAAAGUGAGGAGAAGUCCUUGCAAUUGUGUUUACCCUUCUGUGUGUGACAGUCAGCGUAAAGAUACAGCGCCUUCAUUCCCUGUCAGUGAUAGCGACGCUUCGAAGCUAGAGGAGAAGUACGUCCAUGAGGUUUAUGAGGAAAUUGCUGGGCAUUUCAGCAACACCAGACACAGCCCUUGGCCACGAGUAGUUGAAUUCCUUAGUGGCUUACCGUGUGGAGCUGUGGUGGCUGAUGUUGGCUGCGGGAAUGGAAAGUAUUUAGGAGUCGGCAAGGAUUUGUAUAUGCUUGGCUGUGACCGUAGCAAGAAUCUUGUGGACAUCUGUGGACAGAAGGGAUCUCAGGCUUUCGUGGGUGAUGCCCUCUCUGUGCCAAUACGAAGCGGCACGUGUGAUGCCUGUAUCUCCAUUGCUGUGGUUCACCAUUUCUCAACAGCAGAGAGAAGGCUGGCUGCUCUUUGUGAGUUAGUCCGUUUGCUGAGGCCGGGUGGAAGGGCUCUCGUUUAUGUCUGGGCUAUGGAACAGGAAUACAACAAACAGAAGUCUAAGUACCUGAAAGAAAAAAGAUCUCGCAGAGGCGGGAUGGAGGAAACAAAUGGUGGUGCAUGUGAGAGGGAUCACCAAUAUUUGGUGCACCCCAAUAAUGGCACAAGCCAGGAAACCCACCCCAAGCUUCCCGUGCAUACCAACAGAACUUCCUUUGACUCCCAGGACUUGCUAGUCCCUUGGCAUCUGAAAGAUGGCACAAAGAAAAAAGCGGAGCCAAUUAAAUCUCAUCAACCGCCGUCAAAUUCUGCAAACUCGUGUAAACCAAGUCCUGUCUUCCACCGUUAUUACCAUGUCUUCUGUGAAGGAGAACUAGAAGAGGUCUGCAAAAGCCUGGAUUGCAUAAAGGUCGUAGAGAGUUACUAUGAUCAAGGAAACUGGUGUGUGGUUCUUGAAAAGCGGUAACAUCAUUCGAGUCCGAGAGAGACAAGUGGACUAUAAAUAAUGUAAAUAAAUAAAUUAACUUUAUUUAAAAAAAUACUUUGCAAGCAACUGAAGCGAAAGGGGGACAUUUUAACCUACAUAUUUGUUUGCAGUGAUGUUCCUGAAACUCAUAUUUUGAUCGUGUCCACUUUUUAAGUCUGCUUUUAGAUGUCUAAAAAUAAUGUUGUCUUUAUGUUACUGCUUAUGGUUCUUGUUUGUCUCCUUGAAUCACCUGCAGCAGAUGGCUCAGUGCCACCUUGGAUAAUUUGGUGGGCUGGCUGGUGCCAGGGUAUUUGCAACAACCCUGAACAUCCAAAGUGGUUGCCAUCUUUUUCACCACUCCGGAUGAAGAGCCCACGCAUAUUCCUAGCUGAACCAAACGUUGUUUCCCCUUUUCACCAAGCAGCUUAGUGGUACAGUUGUGACUUUUGUAAUUGGAUUUUGUGCGUUGAGCCCAAACUCCACAAGCAUUCAGUUGGAUCAAGGUCUACAAUGACAACUCUGCAUCUGGACAAACACAAGUGGAGCAGAACUCACAGAAGGAAUCUUUGCCACCUUUAUCUUCUUUCUGCUUUAUCCUUCCCCCUCCCCCCCCCAAAAAAGCUGAGGAGGAGCUGCAAUUGAAAGGGAGAAUUUUUGUGUGAACUCUUCUGCAAACAUUAUAAGACUGAGUAUGAAGAGGAGAACAGUUUCCAUGAAAUCCUACUGUGCCUGCAUUCUUUUACACUUUUUUUUCAAUUUAUGAGUUUGGUAUACCAAGUUAGGUUUAUUUAAGGAUUAUAGAUAGUACAAAUAGAGAACUAAUGAGAAAAACAAGAGAGAGAAAAAACAUAAAACAAGGCAAUACAAAUAAGAGUCUGUGAAACUUAUUAGUACAGUCUUGAAUUCAGGAAUGUAUUGUUUAUAUCAUUAUUUUAUCAUUUAGAUCAUUUUUUUGUUUUACACUGCAAACAUUUCCCAGCUUGCUGCUUAAUAAAUUUAACAUUUGCCCCUAGUCUUCACAAUGCAUGAUGAUUUAAUUAUACUUCUAACCUCCCACAAUCUGCUUUCAUAAACGUAGCCUUUAGGAACUGGAGAACGGUUUUUAAAGAUUUACAUUUAUUUUAAUAUUAAACAAAGUGCAACAGAUAUUUACAAAUGGCCAGUAAUCCAUAAACAACAGACAAUGGCACCACACCAUGAAAAAAGAACAGUUCUGAAUAGUAAAAUGCCAUGGUUGAGGAUAAACGUUGUCCAUCAGAACAGCUGACCAAAGGCCAUACUGGAGAAACAUUCAAUCAUUCUAUUCAAUGCCAUAGGACUCUAAAUAUUUUCUUA